AUGUACAACUUCUCUAGGCUGACAAUUGAGCUGAACGAGCCUGAAGAGGGUGUGGCGCCAACGGAUAGCCGAUUUCGGCCCGAUCAACGCCUGAUGGAGCAAGGGGACUGGGACGAAGCUAACGCUGAGAAGGAACGUCUCGAAGCCAAGCAACGCGCUAAGCGCCGCGCGUGGGAAGACUCAAUGCCGGAAGGACAGAGUAAGCCAUACGGGAUAAUUUGA